AUGGCGGCGACUUUCCCGCGGGCCAUGCAGGAGGAGGCUUUCAUGAAGGCCGUGAGCCAAGAGCUCAGCAAGCUGGGCUUCAAAAGAGCAAACGUCCUUCCUUCCCACCCCCUUUCCGCUCCCGCCCUUCCCCUCGAACCCCCAAUCACGUCUCUUCCCUCGCCAUUCUCUUCCACUCACUCCGCCAGAGACAACUGCAUUGCGCUGGUGUUGACAUGCCGGGACGAGGUGUGCCGGCCGGUGGUGAGCCUGGUGGACCAGGAAUUUGGGCUGUCAUUCAACAUCGCAGGGCUGGGCGGCGUGCUCAACUGCGGCUCCACGGGCUUUAAGGCUGCAAUGUCGCACUCGCCAGAGUUUCGCUGCGAGACCGAUGGGACUGUGAAGGAGAGAUGUGAGCAUGAUGGGGCGUUUGUGAUGGGUCCUUCAUGCAUUAAGGGGUCAUUCAUUGUGGGGCGAGCCGGCAUGGGUGGGGGAGUCAUGCACAUCUUCUUUGCCUUCCCUCACGUGUCCAUCGGAGAAUCGGGAGAGGUGGGAUCGCUGCUGCGGCGCGGCCGAGGCAAGCCCUCCAGUGCAUGUGGUGCGCUGAUUGCCAUUCAGAACGACAUCAACGCGGGCAAGGCAACGGUGUCGGACCCUUAUGACGAGGAGUACGUGCUUCUUAAGAAGAAAGUCAAGUCACUGAUUCUACGGCGGGGAGGUUCGGAGUAUUCAUUGGUGGAGGUGACUCGUGCUGCACUGGCAGCCAUCAAUGAUGACCUGGAAAAACUCAUCUCCCUCACUGUCGACCCAGCCACUGCUGACUACGCUGUGAUCACAGGCGUGCAGAUUCACUCGGGCAACCAGAUUCCCGGAGAGCCAUUCCGCAUUGAGCGGACUUGUGAUUAUAUUGCUCCUGACAUGAUAUCAACCAGGCGCAGCUCUUUAAGGGCUCUCAGUUCGUUGUCUGGUGCUACUCCAUUUGACGAUGCUCUCGAAUCAGAAGACGAGUCCAUUGAGCAGUAUGAAGCACGGCUGGAAGCUAGAAGACAGCAGCUGCAAGCAAGUGGAGCGGCCGUUACGAGCAAUCCCGUUUCAUCGACAGGUAGCAUGGCGGAAGCGUUUGAAAUAACGCCUCAGACGGCCAUGGGGAUCACGGGUAUAAUCAGCAUUAUCGCUGUAGUAGCUCCUUUCUUCAUGAGCGCGUGGAAUCCCGCAGCUUCGCCUCACAUGAAAGGCCUCACCUACCUGACGCUGCUCCUGGGGUUCUACAUGGCGUGGAACAUUGGUGCGAAUGACGUGGCAAACGCAAUGGGGACGUCAGUGGGUUCGGGAGCGCUGACGCUACGCCAAGCGGUGCUAGCAGCGGCGAUCUUGGAGUUCGGCGGGGCUUUCCUGGUGGGAUCGCACUUCGUCUACAGCUCGUCCAAUCCGGGGCAGGCAGCGUCGACAGCGGCGCCGAUCCUCGUCUUCGCGGGUGUCUCCGCCUUCUCCUUCUUCUCGCUCUUCACCUCCCCGGGGGUCCUCCUCCGCGCCUGCGCGCUCUCCCUGGCCGCGGGUGCUGCUUCCGCGGUGGCCAUGUCCGCCGUGGUGAAGCGGCAGAUGGGCGAGCUGCUGGGGGAGUUCUGUGAGAUCCCCAAGCAGUUGGAGGAGCCGAAGCCGGAGAAGGGCCGCGGACCCAUGGGCACGCAGCUGCGCAUUGUUUAUGGCGUGUUUGGUUACCUGCAGGUGCUCUCUGCAUGCUUCAUGUCAUUUGCUCACGGUGCAAACGAUGUGGCCAACGCCAUCGGCCCCAUCUCAGCUGCUCUAGCCAUCCUCGCCUCCUCCUCCGCAUCCAUCCCCUCCUCAUCCCUCGCUGCCGCUCCAGUGUCUGCCGGCGUUGCCACUCAGGUUCUUAUUUGGGGCGGUUUUGGCAUUGUGGCUGGUCUUAUCAUCUGGGGUUACCGUGUCAUUGCAACAAUUGGGAACAGGAUCACAGAGCUCACUCCCACCAGAGGAUUCGCAGCAGAGUUCUCAGCGGCUACAGUGGUGGUGGUUGCAUCCAGACUGGGUCUCCCAAUCUCUGCCACGCACACACUUGUUGGAGCAGUGAUGGGAGUGGGCCUUGCCCGCGGUAUUGGGAGUGUACGGGCCGAUGUGGUGAAGGAGAUUGUGGCAUCGUGGCUUGUCACCAUUCCUAUCGGAGCAGCGCUGUCUGUGAUGUACGCCUUCCUGUUCUUGAGAAUUGUUCCUGGAUUUAUGUCACAUCGGCCCUGCCAGGGGGAGCUGAUGGCGCUGCGUGUUGUGAGUCGACUCAAAACAUUUCUCCCCGUCUUUCUCUUCCACACGCAGGUCACGUCGGCCCUGCCAGGGGGAGGCGAUGGCGCUGCGUGUUUUGAGUCAAUUCAAAACAUUUCUUACCCUGUCUGUCCCUUCCACGCGCAGGUCACAUCCGCCCUGCCAGGGGGGGCUGAUGGCGCUGCAGGGGGAGGCACGAUGGAGACUGACGAGGCGGUAGCUGAAUUCAAGCGCCAAGGCAUGCUAGCUCCGCCAGCGUUCGGGUCCUCCCCGAAUCUGGACUCCCCAGUGCUGGCGGGAGGCGCCAUGUGCGCGGGCGGGGCAGGGGGAGGGGGGAUACCGGAGGGUGCAGCUGCGAACGCGGAUGGACAUUCAGACGGAAAGGGGUCCUUCAGUUCUCUCCUGCAGGUGCCCAUGCACGAAGUCACCUUCUCCACUGUGGACCGCCCCAAGCUGCUCAGUCAACUCUCAGCAGUGCUGGCAGACGUGGGGUUGAACAUCCGUGAGGCGCAUGUCUUCUCCACCUCUGAUGGGCUCUCCCUCGACGUCUUUGUUGUUGACGGCUGGCCCUCUGAGGAUGUGGUGGAGAUGCGGGCGGCACUCAUGCGAGCAGCACAGCAAGCGGGCGAAAAUGGUGCGCAGUCAACCCUUCCAGAAGCAUCCGGCCAAUCAAAUCCCGCCAUGUCAGAAUCCGCAGGCGUGCCCAUGUCCACGUCAGCAGCCACAACAGCGGCAGCAGGACACGUGGCAGCCUCCAGUUUGUCUGGAGCGGAUUCCCGCGUGCGCAUCCCAUCGGACGGGCGGGAUGACUGGGAGAUUGACAACGACCAGCUGAAGCUGCAGCAUAAGAUCGCCUCAGGGUCGUUUGGAGACCUCUACCGCGGCACGUACUGUGGGCAGGACGUGGCAAUCAAGAUUCUCAAGGCGGAGCGGCUGAACGACUCAUUGCAGCAGGAGUUCGCUCAGGAGGUCUUCAUCAUGCGGAAGGUGCGGCAUAAGAAUGUCGUUCAAUUUAUUGGGGCGUGCACCAAGCCCCCGAAUCUCUCCAUUGUCACCGAGUUCAUGGUGGGCGGCAGUGUGUACGACUAUCUACACAAGCACCGCGGCAGCAUGAAGCUGCCCAUGGUGCUGCGUGUGGGCAUGGACGUGGCCAAGGGAAUGGACUUUCUGCACAAGAACAACAUCAUUCACCGCGACCUCAAGGCGGCAAACCUUCUCAUGGAUGAGAACGAUGUGGUGAAGGUGGCGGACUUUGGAGUGGCGCGAGUGAAGGCCAACAGUGGCGUCAUGACAGCAGAGACUGGCACCUACCGCUGGAUGGCACCUGAGGUGAUUGAACAUCGGGCAUAUGACCACAAGGCAGACAUCUUCAGCUUCGGCAUCACCAUGUGGGAGAUGCUGACGGGCAAGCUGCCCUAUCCAGACCUCACACCCUUGCAGGCAGCAGUCAGCGUGGUUCAACGAGGCCUGCGUCCGCCCAUCCCCAAGGGCACGCACCCGCGGCUGGCAGAUCUCUUUGAGCGCUGCUGGGCCACCAACCCUGCCGACCGACCUGAAUUCUCAGAGAUAAUCCGAGUCAUUGCCGAAAUUGCACAGGAGCUCGAGGAGGAUGGAGAGGCCGACCAACAGAGACGGGAGAAGCGCGGAGGGUUCUUUGCAUCAUUCAAGAGAGCAGGGUCAGGGCCUAGAUGA